CCCGCGCGGCCCCGGCCCGGCGCGCGCGGCUCCGGCAGGGGCACCCCGCGCGCGCGCCCGGCGGCUGCGGCCCUGCCUCCCGCGGUUACAGCCAAAAUCCUGUUGGGAUUCUGAACUAUGACAUCAUGGCAAGAUUUCGCAGAAGAACAUGCAUCAUUUUGUUGCUUUUUAUUUUGUUUAUUUGCUCCAUAAUGAUGGCUUUGAAGACCCUGAGACCUGAUAGAGCUGGCUUUGGGGAUCCAUUUGGACUUGGUUUGUUGCCAGAGCUUCAACAACGGACCGUGCUCUUAGACAGUAAACAGAAUUUGCUAAAUAGGGCUCAAGGAGAUACUGUAACACGUGUCAGUAAUUUGCAUAGUAUUGCUGUCAAUACUAUGAAAGCAUCUAUGUCUUCUGUAAAAAAGCUGGAAGAGGAGCUGUCUUCUCCUAAUUACAACUUUCACAUAUUCUACUAUACUUGGUAUGGGAAUCCACAGUUUGAUGGUAAAUAUAUUCACUGGAACCAUCCGUUGUUGCCACAUUGGGAUCCCAAAAUUGCAAACAAUUAUCCAAAGGGAAGGCAUAAUCCUCCUGAGGACAUUGGGGCCAACUUUUAUCCAGAACUUGGAUCUUACAGUUCCAAAGACCCUACUGUCAUAGAAGCCCACAUGAAACAAAUGCGUUCAGCUUCAACUGGUGUAAUAGUGCUUUCAUGGUACCCACCAGGUAUGGCUGAUGAAAAUGGAGAACCAACUGAUGAUUUAGUGCCAAUUGUUUUGGACUAUGCACACAAAUAUAACCUAAAGGUCACUUUUCAUAUCGAACCUUACAAAGACAGAGAUGAUCGCAGCAUGUACCACAAUGUCAAGUACAUCAUUGACAAAUAUGGAAGCCAUCCAGCCUUUUACAGGCAUAAGACCAGCACAGGCAGACUUCUUCCUAUGUUUUAUGUUUAUGACUCUUAUGUAACAAUUCCUGAAAUAUGGGCAAAUCUAUUAACUGUCUCUGGAUCCCAGAGUAUUCGGAAUACUCCCUAUGAUGCAUUAUUCAUUGCACUUCUUGUAGAAGAAAGACAUAAGCAUGACAUUCACAGAAGUGGUUUUGAUGGAAUGUACACGUACUUUGCCACCAAUGGCUUCUCCUACGGCUCGUCUCAUCAUAAUUGGGCAGGUUUAAAAGCCUUUUGUGAUAGUAACAACUUAAUGUUUAUUCCAAGUGUGGGGCCAGGUUAUAUUGAUACCAGCAUCCGACCGUGGAACAACCACAACACCCGGAACCGUGUCAAUGGCAAGUACUAUGAGACUGCCUUCAGUGCAGCCCUUCUGGUGCGGCCAGAAAUUAUUUCCAUUACAUCUUUUAAUGAAUGGCACGAGGGAACUCAGAUUGAAAAAGCUGUCCCUAAACGGACUGGACAAGUGGUUUACCUUGAUUAUAAACCCCAUAAACCAAAUGUUUACCUAGAGCUUACUCAGAAGUGGUCUGAGAAGUACAGAAAAGAACAAGAGCAGUGGCUUAUGUGAGCUGUCCCAGCUGCAGUUGUUUCCUAAUGCAUUGACUGUACUGAGCAAGAAAUUGAAAGCUGAAGAAUCUGUUAUUAAAUGUCUUUAUUGUAUCUUUUGAAUGUAUAUGCACUACUACUGAAUUUUAAUUUUGAAAAGUAAAAAGAUUAUAAGAAUAUUGGCAAUUUUGUCUUAACUGGAUAUUUUAGUUCAAAAAUAUUCAGGGAAAGCUGUUUGUUGUUCAGUUGUUUUUGGUUUUUUUAACUUUGUAACUUGCAUGCUGAAUUUUCAGAACAUCUGCAUGGGAUAACGCUACAUGACCAAAGUGAACAAAAAACUGGCACAGUUUCUUCCUUUAUUCCUGUAGUUAUGUUUCUAAUCAAACUGAUGCUGUUAUCUAAAUCCUCAUAGUUUCUUGCAGGAUGCAUGUCUGAAGUGUGUGGAAUAAUCUACAUUUAUGCUUUUUGAUGCUUUGCAUACAGAGUUCUUGACAUAUGACUAGCUUGUGGUAAAAGCACUGAAGAGUUAUGUGUGAUGCAAUACCACUGGGUUUUGUUUUAAAAAAAAAAGUAUUUGAAAGUAAGUUCCAAAGAACUGCUGAAAGAUUUCUAGUUUACUUACAUUUUUUUCUGUUUGCUACGUGGUGUAGACUUUUACAGAUUACUGGAUACCAACCAGGAACAUUGCUUUCUCUAUUACUUUGAAUUUAAAAAAAAAAUAAAAGUUUUAAUUAGAGUGGAAAAUAUUUUUGAGGGGGGGAAAAAAAGCCUCUAAAGAUUCAAAAAGUUUAAUUGUCUGCUCAUGGACUGCAUACACAAACCUGGUGUGCUUUUGUAAAUUUUUAAAGUUUCUAAACCCAGUAUCUUACUAGUCCUACAAUAAAUUAAUUGUAGGAAAUACUUUUUUUGUUUCUGACUUAGGAGCAACCUAGUUUGGUAGCAAUGAGAACAGCUACCCAUUUGUUUAAUUUGAAAUCUGAGAUUUCUCUUUUUCAUCUAGUCCAUUUAGUUGUUCCAGGGUUCAGAAUUGUAGAUACUAAAAUCUUGCUGUUACUCAGAUAAGCAUCCUACCAAUGCUACCUGUAAGACUGUGGUAUGGCUGGAAAUGACUGUUUUCAGUCCUAAAAUCUCACCUGUCAAAUGUUGUGAUUAUUAACUGGCAUUUUUUAUGAGGUCUGAAAGGUUCAAUCACACAGACAUACCUCUUCAGCAAUAUAUAUUUUGGGAUUUUCAUAGAACUUCUUAACAAAGCCAUGAACUUUGGAAUAGUAGAAAUUGCAGUACUUUGUUUAAUUGCAGCAAGCGUUUAAUCCUAGCACAAGUGGAUUAUUUGUUAGUUGAUUAUUUUAUUUUUUUAAUCUACAUAUAAGGUUCUGAUCCUGUGUUUUAGUUAAUAUGCUCAGACUGUUGUGACCACUAAUAGCAGCUAGAAUUCCAUUGAAUUCAGCAAAACACAUGAAAAUUACAUUCUUUACUCAGAUCUCACUGUAGUCUGUCCAUUAAGUGUAAGGUGAAUGUGAGGACUUCUGUUAAAACAGAAACCAAACUAGUAUAUUUUUUUCCAGAAAACUUUGUCAUUCCAAAUAAAUAGAAACCAGUUACCACUAUAAAUUUCUAGUCUUUCUGGUAUGAAAAAGGUUUGGUUUUUAUAUCUCACUUAUUUUCAGUUUAGUUUUUUUGUCAUUUCUUUGUGGUGUUCCAAGUGGUGAGGUGUUAUCCAAUGCCCUCAGCUGCUUGAAAAAAUACAGAAAUUGGAUGGCAGAUAUAUAACCUGGCUUGCUGAAGUGUGCCUCUAGAGUUACUGGAGUCUUAUUAAUCCAUCUUCAUAUUUUUUGCGUUUUCCUACUGCAUUUCUACAAGGUCUGGAAUGCUUCCAACAGACAUGUUUGCUAGUGCUUAUUUUGUUUUGCUGUACUCACGUGGGUAAACUGACAUAGACGUAGGUAUGACCACAGUCAAAAAAUAAUGUCUGAGACAUAUAAAGCACUUGUUAGAUUUUCACCACUACCAAGUUAACUUGUCCCUUUUUUUAAGGAAUCUGAUAUUACUUACUUUACUAUAAAUCCUUUAAAUAGCUAUACAUAACUCAUUUUUAUAAUUUGUUGUAUAUUUAUGCUUUUACAGCCCAGAGUCCAUAUAUUUAUUUUAAAUAUGAGGGAGCAAUUAAAUGUUUUGCAUAUGUUAUUAAAAAAUCUUCUGAAGUCAAACCUUUUGAAAGGACAAGUCUCUGUUUUCCCUUUGCUUAAACUUUUGUCACCCACUGGUCUUUUCUCACUGUAGUUGUCUGAGCACUUUACUGGUCUUGACUACUUUGCACUGACCUUUCAGCCCUUACUUUCUCCUAGUGACGUUUUUUUUUCUCUGUGACUGUGAAAAUCAUUUGUUGUGUAUAGAAACAUUUGAAAUCUGUUGUAUGGUAUUGUACAACUGAGGUGAUCUGUCUUGUUUAAAAUGCAAUUUAUGGUAACAAUGUAAUGAAUCUUCAUUACUCUGAAAGUCUUUUGGAAUUGCUGUAAAGGUAUCAUUUAACCCUUGCCAUGAAGUGGUUCGGGCCAUGGCAGACGGAUGUCUAAUGGGACCUUCAGAAGAAUUUACAGAAUUUCUCUAGAAAAGAAUGAAAAUUAAGUGCCUAGAAAUUCAUCACCUCUGAACACUUACUGUAUUUUUGUGUGCUUGAUCGGAUUUAAAAUAUAAAUAUGCAACCUCACAUAAUAUUUCAGAGUUGAGAAUCUAAUUUGAUGAUCCUAAGGAAAGCUGAUGGAAUAGCACCUACUAGAACUACCCCACCUGCCUGACCAAUACUUUCUCUGUACUUAAAACAAACCAAUGUGCUGCUUCUUGUUAUAGGGAGGGGAGAGUUUUACAUAUGGAUUGUUGCUGCAGUCAUGAUACUUAUUUGAAAUUUGAGUAAAAAUAGCUCUGUGGGAAAGGAUUUGUACAAAUGCAAAAGCAUAAGGUGGUUACGAGGGCACAGUUACUGGGGCAAGGGAGAAGAAAAGUGGAUGUAUUUAAGAAGGUGCUUGCUCCAGGCUUUGAGAUUGCAGUGGGGAAAAAAGGAGACUCCAGUAUGCACCAAAAUUGAGAGGCAGGGAAGAACAUUUGUAAUGAUUUUGAGAUAUGAAAUAGAUUUAAGGAAUAUUCACUUUGGUGUCCCACCAGUUUUACUUCUUAGCCAGCCAGAAAAAAAGUACUGUAAUGACGAUUUUUAAUAUUUUUACACUAAAUGCAUUUGACUCAUCAUAAGUUGUUUCAUAGUGCUUUGAGUGAUAUGGGAAGUUUUAAAAGAGAUUGUGCCACCUUAGGGCUCUGCAAAUACAGAAAUACCUGGAGUAAUCAAUCACAUGCUACUACUGACUGGGUAUUGCCAGGGGGUAAAUGGUUUCUAGACAAGUAGCAAGUCCUUGAGGUAAAAAGAGAAUAUACUUUUAAAAGAAAAUCUAUAGGUUCAUUUCUGCUUCUGUGAGUUAUGAUCAAGUAAAUUGUUUCAGUUCUGUGAGCUGUCUCAGAACUGAACUUAGUACAUCAACUCUGAAAUAAGAAUGUGUAUUAAAUCUUGUAUAGUAGUGCAUGUUUGUCAGAUCUAUAAUCUUGUACUGAAUUUUGUGGGCAAACACGUGCUGAUGCUGUUAGUAUUUUAGUGGCAAGCUGUAGAUUAUAGUGAAUAGAGUUUCUGCACUGAUGUUCAUCAUAUUUUCCUAGUGCACUUCUUUUGAGGUGCCAAUGAUUUGUCUCUUAAGAGGUUGUUGAAGCAGAAGGUUCUUCAGUGAAAAUAUUUUUGUUAUGAGAUUUGAUAUGUAUAUGCUCUGCAUAGUUUGAAUUAACACAUUUCACACAUGGUUCUUAGAUUCAAUUGAAAACAUGUCUCAGGAGUGUUUUCAGUUUUAUCUUGCCAGUGAAUGUAGUUCUGGGUACAUGGAUAAGGACUUACUGGGAUUUAGGCCACUUCUUUUUGCAAAUCCCAUGAACAUAAAAAGAGGAAAUAAAGAAUUCUUUAGAUUUAAAGAUUUUGCCACUGAAUAUAAGAUGAAAAUUUGUCUCGAAGUCCUACAAGUACGUGUCUUCAUCCUUCUACUUUGUCAAGUUUGUGUCAAUGUUUUGUUUCUUUUUAUCUUUUACUUUUGACCAGCAUGUAAAAGGUUCUAUAAAUUUCUAAGGUGACUGUAUUUCUAAGAUUUCAUAGUUGGAAUAUUCAGUAAAAAGAAUCUACAAGAUUAGUGGCACGGCAGAAAAGCCUUAUGUGAAUUUGAUAUUGUAUAGGUGAAUUUGUUGUGAAUGGAUAGUGUAUCUUUGAUAUGCAUUGAACAUGAAUAAAAAAUACCUUUCUUUUAAUACCCUA